AUUUCAAGUGGAUAUGUCUUUGUAGUACUAUCUAAUAUCUAUUAAAUUACAACAUCUCUUGUUUUCACUAUUGUGACAUUAACUAGAGAUGUCUGAUAUAGAAGUCACCAGCGAUAAGACUAUAAUACAUUAACAUAGCUAUAGCAUACGGUGUACUUCCGCAUCUUUCACUUUUAACUCCCAUCUCGUUUCUUCCUUCUCAACCAUCAUCUUCCGAUGGAGAUACCAGGGAAUAGAGCAGACAAUAAACCGUCUACAUCUUCCAGAGGUCGUGGAAGAGGUCGUGGUAGGGGCCAUGGUGCUCGUGGCGGUCGCAAAUCCCAUUCUACUAGGCAAUCAAUCUCAGAAACGAACGAGGAAUCAAGUACUCAGCCAUCCAGCGAGCCUAGCAACUCCGACAGACCAAAGCCAAAGCCACGUAGGAAGUUCAACGGUUCUCUCACUCAGUCUGGUCAGCAAUCUCAACCGUUGCCACCAAUACCACAAGUUGAAACGACUGAUGAAGACGAUAUUCGCUCACGUUUAGAGCGUGAAUUGAGAGUUGGAAAGGUGGAGUGUCUGAUUUGUUUUGAAGUUGUCAAAACUCAGGAUAGAACACACUCAUGUAACACUUGCUUCAACGUCUACCACUUGAAGUGCAUCACAGAAUGGGCCAAGCAAUCUUUUGGACAGCCGUUCAAAGAAGGCGAACAGAAGCAUUGGAGGUGUCCCGGCUGUCAGACGAAAUCAACAAAAAUACCACGCGAAUAUAGAUGUUUCUGUAGGAGACAGCGUGAUCCAAAACCAGACAAACUGGCAGUCCCUCACUCCUGCGGUCAGUCUUGUUCAAGGAAGAGACAACAUUGCAAACAUCCAUGCCCACUUCCUUGCCAUCCUGGACCAUGUAUGGACUGUCAAACUUCACUUCAUGUAAAAUGCCAUUGUGGUAAGACUACAACACCAAUCAAAUGUGCAUAUGCACCGAGAGAUCCGUCGACUGGUAAAAUUUUACCAACUGCCUGCGGCGAUGUCUGUGGAAAACAACUCGGUUGUGGUCAACAUUCUUGCAUUGAUCAGUGUCAUCCUGGACCUUGCUCACCUUGUAACAAAGUUGAGAACAGCAAGUGUUAUUGUGGGAAAGAAAGAAGCGAAAAGCCUUGUGGAACUCGUGGAUAUCUCGGUAAACAAGCAUGUUAUAGCAAAGAUGAGUUUUAUAUUGCUCUAUGGGAAUGUUCCAAUGUAUGUGGUGAAUACUAUGACUGUAAUUUCCACAAGUGUCAAGGAUUUUGUCACCCGCCUUCUCGCAAAGCUCUCACUUGCCCGCUCUCCCCAGAGGUCAUUACUAGAUGUCCUUGUGGGAAGCAUGCUCUCAAAGAGCUCAAUAAUGGCGAGAGAAAGAGCUGUCAAGACCCAAUAGCUUCUUGCGGUAAAACGUGUGGAAAGUCUCAUUUAAACUGUGGUCACAUCUGUAAAUCGAAAUGUCACACAGAUGAAUGCCCACCUUGUGAUGCGGAAAUUACAACGGUGUGUCGCUGUGGUGUAUCAAAAGUAACAAGGAAAUGCUUUGAAGUGCAACAAGAAGGCGAGGAGGUACUUUGCGAUAGAGUUUGUCACUCACUCAGACUUUGUGGAAAGCACGAGUGUCUCAAACGUUGUUGUCCAUUGCGUGAAUUUGAAGACAGACGUGGUAAACGUAAGGCAUUGAUUGACACUCAAAUUCCUGAAGAAGUUAUGCAAAUGUGGCAUACAUGUCCAAUCAUUUGUGGAAAGACCUUAUCUUGCGGUACUCACAAAUGUCUCGAACCAGAUCAUAAAGGAAAGUGUGGUCCAUGUCUGAAUGCAUCAUUUGAUGAACUCACUUGCAGUUGUGGUAACACUACACUUGAACCUCCAAUACCAUGUGGAACAGAAAUACACUGUACAUAUCCAUGUAAUAGACCACCUCCAGAAUGUGGUCAUCCACGUCCAUCACACACUUGCCAUGGUGAUGAUGUUAGUUGUCCACCUUGCCCAUUCUUGACAACACGUUCAUGUCAAUGCGGUAAAUCUCAAAUUUCGAACGUUAGAUGUUCUCAGGAGAAUGUAAGAUGUGGAAAAAAGUGCGACAAAAUUCAAGAAUGUGGACAUCGAUGCAAGAAAAGCUGUCAUAAAGAUGAAUGUAGAGGACCGGAGGAAGCCUGUAGUUCAGUUUGUGGAAAAUUGAGAUCAAUCUGUUCACAUACUGACAUUGCACAAUGUCAUGGUUUGACACCAUGCGAUGAAUCGAUGCCCUGUCAGGCGGUGAUAAUUAUGGCUUGCAAAUGUGGAACUCAGAAGGCUAAAGCAACUUGUGGUGCUUCAUUAUCCAACACUCACUCAAAGCAGGAUGUCUACCUUGAAUGUAAGAGUAGUUGUGCGGCAGCAGAACGUAAUUCAAGAUUAGCAAGAGCUUUAGGAAUUAAUGAUACAUUUAAGCGUAAAAUUGAUUACAACUUUUCAAGUGAAACUAUCAGAUUUGCUCAAAUAAAUCAAGGUUUCGUUAGUGGUAUUGAGAAAGCCUAUAAUGAAUUCAUUGAUUCUUCAAAUAGAGCUCUACAAUUACCACUUAUGAAUAAAUCAAGAAGUGCAUUUUGCAUUGAUUACGCUGAGGCAUACGGUUUUGAUACAGAAAUUUUCGAAGAUGUUAUCACUAUUAGACGCAAGAUUGGUUCACAUCUUCCUUCACAAUUACUCACUAAAUUGGUCGAUGAAUAUAAGCAAGACAAAGCUGGUGUCAUCGAAUUCCGUAAACCAUCUGGACAAUCAACACCUCAAUUAUCAAGACAAGGAAGUGUAUCAACUCAUCAAUCUGAUGACUGGGAGGAAUUAACAAAUUAAAAUGGUUAGAAUGCAUUAAAUUAUUAUAUAGAUUUAUAAGAAUAGUAAUAAGUACAUAGAAUUAGUAAGAGUGGUGGAUCCUUAGUUUAUAAUGAUAAUAGUAUGAAUAAUUAAGCUUUGUUAAGCUUUGUUUUCUCCUUGUGUUUCUGAUUCCUUUUGUGCUUUCUUUAUAUCCAAUCUACGAUAUAAAGCUGUAAAUGCCGAAAUUGUUCCAAUGCUGAAGACGACCCAGGCGAGACAAACGCCGAAAUUGAAUCCCAGCUCGUUUUUAGUGUUGAAAAUGAUACAACGUAUACCUCUAUUGAUAUGAUAAUAAACCAUAGCAGGAUAAUACCUGAAAAACCAUACUUGUAAGUCAACCGGCAAGGCUGCUACUGAAACGUUUGAAAUAAUCAAAGCGAUAAGAGCAUAUGCCAUAAAUUGUGGUCCAAUGACGGUAAUAAUAGCUUCUGUCGCAAGUCCUAGAGCUGCCAUUCCACAAAGCAAUAGGGCAUAAGUACAGAAAAAGCCUUUAGCAGUGUUGCUGAAGUGCGCAUUGAAAUGUACGUCCCACGGUAAAUUUAGCAUUGCAAAGAAGAGCGACAGAAUGGUGUAUAAAAAGAGGGGGACCAAAAGUCUCAUGCCAAUGUAAGACCUCAAAGUGAGAUGUUUCUCUAGGAGCGGUCUAGCAGCAGAAUGAGCCAUUGUACAUAUGAAGCUUAAAAUAGUGAGAUAAAUGAGACCAACAAGUGUGAUGGCCCUAGCAACUGGUUGGUCAAAUGGUCUAAAAUUAUUGAUAGUAGUAGCAAAUGGAGUAGCAGCAGUUUGAGGUGCAUUUGUGAGUGCCUCCAUCGCAGUAACAUUACCGCCUUGUUGGGACAUGUAAGCAGCUAACAUUUGUGUACCAGCUUGGAUCGUUGCUUGCUGCACUAAUUUUUGGGUUGUGGGCAAAACUAUUCCAGCUGCUUGUUCAUUACGCGCUUCGGCAUAGUAAAUACUGACUGAAGACAUAGGAUCAUAGCUACUGUCGCCAUUUUCGCGCGCGAUUAUUAAAUUCUGAGUUGCAUCCUGCUCGGCUACUACGAAUACCCAUGCCCAUUCGUCCUCGACUAGUGCUUCUUCUAUACUCUCGGCUGUUGGAACCUUCUCGGAGGGCUCCUCAGUCCAUCCCAAAUGAUGUUUUUCGUUAAGCGAUUGGAAUAUUGUAGUACGUAAUGUGUCGCCUAACGUGCCAUUCACGCCGUUUGUAAUGUCUCUAUUAACAAAGACCGAGUUCACCUGAAAUAGUCGACCUGACUCGUGUGCUAUACUUGCCCAAUAAACUUGCAGGCAUCUAUGUUGUUUAGAUGUACAUACUUCUUUAUAAUGGCAAUACUCACGACCAUAUCGCUAUUAUUGUCAGAACCACGGAACCAGACAAAAUCUUGAAGUAUGUAGCACGUAGGGGCUUCAAGUCUGGUGACCAGAAGCCCUUACUAUAUAAGGCUGAUUGCGAUGCUCGUUCAGUGGCGUUAUCUUCUCUAUCUACCAUCUGAUCCUUAUCUGAAGAUGACUCUUUAUGGGAUAAU